AGACAAGCGUUCGGAGCAGUAGCAGCACAGCAGCAGCGCUCUAGUCACCAGGAGCUGUGGCGGCAGAAGCAGCAGCAGCAGCACUAUCAGUCAUAGAAGAGGAAGCAGCGGCAGCAGCAGCAACAAACUCCGUCCUGUCUUUUUUCCCCUCUUUCCUGAGUAGUUUCCUGCUCGGAGGAAAAAGCCAAAGAAGCGGGAGGGAAGUGAUUCAGGGCUGAUAGCUGCCACCAAAAACAAAACCAAAACGCAGACCUGGCUGCCCCCAUGCCUAUCGAAUUUGUUUGCAAAAUCAAAUUUGCAGAGGAGGAUGAGAAGCAGAAAAGCAAGCAGGAUGGGGACAGGGAGAGCCUGAUUGAAGAGAGCUGCACACCUAAGGCUAAGGACUUGGCCAGGUUUGCUAACUCCUGUUCCCUUCAUGGAAUUAACCACAUCUUUGUAUCUGGUCGCUUGGGCAUCCGGCAGACUAUCUGGGCUCUUGCUUUUUUGACUUCACUGGCACUGUUUCUGUACCAAGCGGCUAAGUGUGCCAUCUCUUACCUGGAGCACCCUCAUAUCACAGCUCUGAAUGAAGAGGCAACCCCAGAGAUGGUUUUCCCUGCUGUUACCAUCUGCAACAUCAACCGCUUUCGUUUUUCUGCGCUAACUGAUGCAGAUAUCUACCACCUGGCUAACUUGACAGGUCUGCCCCCGAAAAACAAGGAUGGGCACAAACCAACUGAUUUAAUGUAUCCUGCUCCUGACAUGCAGGACAUCUUCAACAGGACAGGACAUCAGUUAGAAGAGAUGCUCAUGAGCUGCAAUUUCAGUGGACAGAACUGUUCUGUUGAGGACUUCUCCGUGGUUUACACCAGAUAUGGAAAAUGUUACACUUUCAAUGGUAACAAGACGACAUCCAGGAAAACCAAGCAGGGUGGAAUGGGAAACGGCCUGGAGAUCAUGUUGGAUAUACAGCAGGAUGAGUAUUUGCCCAUCUGGAGAGAGACAAAUGAGACUUCCCUGGAGGCUGGUAUCCGAGUUCAGAUACACAGUCAGGACGAGCCUCCCUACAUCCACCAGCUGGGCUUUGGUGUCUCUCCGGGCUUCCAGACCUUUGUUUCAUGUCAGGAGCAGAGGCUGACCUACCUGCCCCAGCCCUGGGGGAACUGCCGCUCCACCGGCAAAGAAAAGUUCCCAGGAUACGACACAUACAGCAUCAGUGCCUGUCGUUUGCUCUGUGAGACCAAUGAGGUGAUACAAGUGUGCAAUUGCAGGAUGGUGCACAUGCCUGGAACAGCAGAUAUCUGCCCUCCCAGUAAAAUCACCUGCGUUGACAAAGCACUCGCACAGUUACAGAAGAACAGCGGGGAUGCCUGCCCAUGUGAGACACCCUGUAAUCUCACCCGCUACGGUAAAGAGCUCUCCAUGGUCAAAAUCCCGAGCAAGGGCUCUGCUCGCUAUCUCUCCAGGAAAUACGACAAGUCAGAGGACUACAUCAGAGACAACUUCUUAGUCUUGGAUAUCUUCUUUGAAGCUCUAAACUAUGAAACUAUUGAGCAAAAGAAAGCCUACGAUGUUGCAGGUUUAUUAGGUGACAUUGGUGGACAGAUGGGCUUAUUCAUCGGAGCAAGUAUCCUGACAAUUUUAGAAAUACUGGAUUAUAUCUAUGAGGUGAUCAAGCAGCGGCUUCAACGCAUGCUGAAGCCACAAAAGGAGGAGAAGAACAAGCAGCAGACCAGCACUGUUGCAACAGUGGGUUUAGAUGAAAUGAAAGUAAAGGAACCCAACGACAUGACAAGGAGUCACCCACAGGGGGCCUAUGCCAACACGAUUCUCCCGAACCACCACCACCCACCACCUCACCCUCACUCUCACCAACGUCACGCCGGGCACCAUGGGGUGUUUGAGGACUUCGCUUGUUAGAGUCAGCCAUUUCGUCUGGUCCUGGUGACAACAAAAGAUAAGGCAAUGGCAGACCUUUCGCAUUUUUGUUUGUCAUUUGCUGUCACCAGUGAAAAGCUACAGCCAAAGUUGAACACCAAACUUGUGCUGCCAACAAAGCACUUGUCAUACAGUAUGUAGGCACAAAUUGGACACCACUUUUACCUUUUUUCCCUCUCUGGAUGGGACUCCUAUCAACUGUGUCCAGCUGCAGGUGAGAGGUCAUGUGACUCCAGGAAAAGUUUGUUGGUACAUGAUCACAAAAAAAAGAACAAGAUGAGUAAUGCAUGUCACUUUGAUCCAGUUUAUAUUCCAAAAAGGGGAAAAUAUGAUUUACUUAUUUGGUUAGUAGCCUUAAUUCUUUUUUUUUUCCUGUAUACCCUAAUUUAUCUCUCCUCAUACUAUUCUUUCUACUCAACUGAGAACAAAGUGUACCAUCAAGCCAUUGCACAAUAUAAAGUAUGUCUAAUUUUAUGAGGUACUACUAUAUAAAUAUAUAUGUUCUAAAUAUUGUAUUCAAGAUGAGAAGUCUUCAGUGAGAAAAUAUUAGUCAUGUUACAACCAUGCAGAAUAUGGGGGAAUUCUUUAGGCUGAACUGUUUGAUCUUAGAAGACUUAGCAGCAUCUUUCCACAUGAUACACUUUGUCUGGUUUGUGGUUAAGGUGUUAGAGAGUAGCAUUUUACUUGUACAUAAAGUCCAACUUUAAAAUGAUAAGCUCAAAAGUUAUGUUUCAAUGGUUGUUGUUUAUACUUAGUUAACAUAUAAGUAAUGGAUUAUUCAUUUUUAUUAUGUAUAUGUUUUAGAAAAUACUUUUUAGGAAAAUUACUAUUGGAAUUGUAGCAAUUAUUGUACACUUACUAUCUGCAGAUAUGUUAGACUGCAGAGCAUCAAUACAUUUGUACAGGUGACAAAGAUGGACUGAAUGAUCUGCCUUUUGAAGGAAAACCAUGCAUAAGGAAGGAAUAUGUUUUAGAUAUGAAUGGUUGUAUUUUUUUCAUGUAGUUUACUUUCUAUACCAUCCACUCUUUUAUUGGCUUCAUGGCUUUAAGCUGACAUAAGCAAUAAGAAACAAAAUUUUAGUUUUUGCAAAGUCAUCUUCUUCAGCUUGUGGACGAGUACUGUGAAAGUGUAGCAGCUAUGUACAGCAGACACCUCUGUGUGUGUGUGUGUGUGUGUGUGUGUGUGUGUGUGUGUUUAUCUGUUGUGAGUUUGUUUGUUUGUG